AUGUCACUGAAUUUCGUCUCGUACGACGACGACUUCUGCGGAUACUGCGGCGCCAUCCUGGAAUUGCCUGCUCAGGCUCCUUCGACUGUCUCUUGCAAGGUGUGCUCAACGCGGUGGUCUGUCAAAGGUACUCCUUCACUCAAAUUUACUCGAGUCAAUAAUCGAAUUUCAGAAAAAAUUGACCAACUUGUGUGUCGGGUCGAAAAGAUCUACGAGCGAACGGUGGCAGACACAGACGGAAUCGACAAUGACGAGUCGGCAGAUGCUGUUGUCGAACACGUCUGUACGAAGUAUGCAAUUUGGACAGAUAUUCAGAAAUCGAUUCCCGUAUUUCCAGAUGCGGACACACUAAAGCCUCCUAUUCGACGAUGCAGACGAGGUCCGCCGAUGAAGGACAGACCGUCUUCUACACGUGUCUCAAGUGCAAGAAGAAAGACAUUGAAUACUCGUAA